GUUCAAUGGCCUGCCUCGCAAGUCACUUGGAUUCGGCGAUAGAGCGGAUCGGCCUACCAGUUGAGGGAUACCGUCUGUCCCGUUCUACGGAAGCAGAUAAGUGAGCAUUCGAUACCGCCUUCUUGGAGAUCACGCAGUGUGGCCCAACCUGAUUUCCUCGGCCACGGUCUGCUUCACGACCGAGGCUGUGAGUAGAUUAACGGUCCCAAGCUGAUCACCUGGACCCCAGAGAUCCCACGCGCAACCACGGAAAUCCUUGAACGAAGGGAGCGCGUCGUAGCUUGGGAGCUCAGCGGUUGUCCAGUCGACUGCGGGGGGCAUGGCCGGAGGUUAUGGGUAAAUCUGGGACAAACGGCCGCGGUUUGGGGGCCCUGGAGGGAGCUCUCCCAGGCACAGCAUACUACCGGUUCGGCUUUGCGAGAUCGCCUGGAGGCUUGUUUGAGGAUCUGGUGACCCUGUCACGGGAACCUUUGGCGUUGCGGCGGGUCACUGACGGAUCAGAACUCGUGUCAAAAUAUUGAUGGUGCCGCCGAUCCUCGGCAAUUCGGUCCACAAACCGACCCGCUUCCUGCGGUGAUUAUCAGCAAUCGGCCCAAGCAUAUGAUUCAGACAAAAGCUCGCUUGUGUUCAAUACCCAGUUCCCCCACUCUACUUGCCCCAGCAUGGCUACCUCCACCACGCUCUCCUCCCAGUCCUACGUGUUCGACCCACGACCGAACUACCCCCUCCUGCUCACCGCCAAACGCUACUGGGACCCCGCAUCUCGACCGGACCCGGAUGCGGCGACCUUGAUAUGCGGGCACGCGGCAGGCUUCCACAAGGAGCACUACGAGCCGAUGGUGCAGGACAUGUACGCGCUGCCUGGGGGGCGGCAGCGCAUCCGCGAGGUGUGGGCGGUCGACGCGCCGAAUCACGGCGAGGCGGCUGUGCUGAACGAGGAGAUGCUGCAGUGGGGGUACGAACCGUCCUUCGGGUGGCAGGACUACGGUCGUGCGCUGCACGCGUUCGUCGCCGGCCUUGGCACGGGAGUGGACGUUGACUUCUCGAAGCGCCGAUUAGUCUUCGUGGGCCAUUCCUGGUCUGCAGUCGCGUUCACGCUUGCGCUGACGUACCAACCGCCGAUCAAACCCGACGCGCUGGUGCUGCUGGAGACCAUGUGCGUCAAGAACGAACCAACGCGAGCGAUGAAGAACUUUCUCGCCGGAGGCGCGGAGAAACGACGAGACAUCUGGGCUUCGAAAGAAGACGCCUACAAGAUGUUCAAGUCGCGUCCGUCCUGGCAGAAAUGGGACGACCGAGUCUUGAAGCUGUAUGCGGAAUACGGCCUGCGGUCACUUCCUACCCUGGAAUAUCCCGAUAAACAUUCUGGAGUGACACUCACCUGUUCCAAGCGACAGGAGGCAGCGGUGUACCGUGACGUCAUGGGAAGUUCGAUUGUCUACAGGACUAUGAAAUCUAUCGUGAAGGAUAUUCCGGUUCAUGUGAUCUGGGGUGCAGCAGAUGAUUACAUCCCUCGCUCUGACAAGGAUGAGUUGAUUCAGAGUGCCAUGGGCGGAGAGAGGAAUCUGGCAUCACUGAACAGGGUCCCUGGUGCCGGACAUCUGAUAGCGCAAACGCACCCACGGGAAUGUGCCCAACUGCUGGUCGACGUCGUUUUGAAGCCAAAAAUGGAAAAAGCAAGACUGUAACAUGUAACAUUGCUAUUAGAAGGGUGCUUCAAUCAUAGGUAGUACGCUCCUGUCUACUUUUACAGAAUUAGAAAGCUCCAAUCGAAACUAAGCAUCAUUA